AUGGGGGAUGGUUUGGUAGAUGUGGAAGGGGCCGGCCCUGUAAGAGAUGAGGGUCCAGAGACCCCACCAUCAGGGAUGGAACUCAAUAAUACCGAAGUAUCAAGCGCCGAAGGGGCCCCUGCUCAAGGGGUCACCGCUGAAGCUGAGGGGGUCCCUGCUGAAGGGGUUCCGCCCAGUGGUGGUGUCAUGACUUCACUUGAUGUGGACAAUUUUGACUUCAGUGUGGGAAGUAAAUCCGAUGGAUCCCCCCCUCUAUACAGAUUCCACGAGUACAAGGACCUGAAGAGGUUUGCCAAGAUGUGGGCACGGGCACAUGAGUAUAAACUCGUAACAGGCAGCUCAAAGACAGGGAAGAAUGGGUACUUGAAAUGCUCGUUGGCAGGAGAGGAUAGAAACAAGCCCGAUACGAAUCGACAGCGGUUGUCUCGGAACAAACGUAUCGGAUGUAGAUUCAGGAUCUCUGCUCACAAACCGACAAGCAAAGACCGCCCAAAUGAACCUUGGGAAAUUCGAAUCGCGGAAGACUUGUCUCAUAAUCACGGCCCAAUGGAGACUCAAUAUGAGGUUCUCAAUCAACAGGUUGAUCCGGCGCUUGAGACAGAGGCGUUACGUAUGGCAUCAUUGGGUAUGAAGCCAAGAGCAGUGGCAAUGAUGCUCUCCCAAAGGUCUGGUUGCCAUGUCACGUGUAGGACAGUUUACAAUGCAACUGCUGCGGAAAAACGAGGAAAGCGGAAAGGCGAGACCCCAAUGCAGUAUCUCCUUCGGUGCCUCAGCGAAUCCAACUGGAUACACGACGAGGCUUAUGAUGAGAAUGGCCAACCUCUAUACGUGUGGUUUGCUCAUCCUGGAUCUCUGUCAGUCCGCAACCAACAGGACGUUCUCGAUUGGUUUUUGCUUCAUGAGGCACGAGUCCGUGGUAGCAUAUUCAUGGGUGUUGAAGAAGUUGAAAAGGCCUUAAGAAACGCGAUUGCGGUGCACUUCCCUGACGCCGUGAACAAUGUCUGCUUGUGGCACAUUGAUCAGAACAUCUGUGCGGCUUGUUACCCCGCGUUUGCAGCUGAUCCUGCGAAAUAUGAGGUGUUCAAGAAGAAGUGGAACUCGGUAAUGUAUUCAAAGGAUGAGGACGCUUAUGACGACGCCUGGGGCAAGCUUCAAAUGUAUCUAGCCGAUCGCGCCUCGGUCCUGGAUUACCUGAUCAAGAACAUCAUUCUUGAUCGGGAGUUGUUCAUGAGACCUUGGAUAGGGCAGACCGCGCAUUUAGGCAAUCACACGACCGCUCGAGGGGAGUCUGCGCACAGUUGGCUGAAAAAACACGUGACCUCCCACAAGACGGACUUCGCGACUGUGUUCGAGAAAAUUGCUCAGACAGUGGACUACCAGGUCACAAGUGUUGUGACACAGAUAUCGAACGAGAAGCAGAAGGGGAAAUCCGGUCUGCCGGAAACCUUCCGUCCGCUUAACACUAAGGUCUCAAUUCAUGCAAUUGUCAUGCUUGAGUGGCAGCGGGACCUGUACCUGAAGAAUCGGGACUCAGCGGCCAAGGGGGUGGAUCUUGACGAGUGCACUGGUAGCUUGUGGGCCACAAUGGGUAUCCCUUGCUGGCACAUGUUGGCCGAUAUCUUGGAAGACAGUGGUGUUGUUGAAACAACAAAUAUUCACGAUCAGUGGAAAUUAUAUUAUACCCCUGAUGAUCCGAAUGCGGAGCCUCCUUAUGACUUUCACGAGGACUAUGCGGCCAUGAAAGAGGAGAUUCUGGCCGACGUGAGGCCUCAAGAUCUCCCUGGUCUUAUGGCCAAGCUGCGCCAGGUGCAGACUAACACAGUUGUUGUGCCCCUGGGUGAGGCACCCAUCAUAAGAAACAACCGCAAGGGAGCCAAGAAAAAGCGCAAACGAGGUUACGUGCGAGCAGCCGAACGGGACGCAAUCCAUGCCGAGGUGGUGGAGGCCCAAGUUAACGAGGCUCAGGCAAAGAAAAAGGCGGCAAGGGCUAAGAAGGUGAAAAUUAAGGGCAAGCCAAAGGCUACGACAAAGUCAAAUACUUUGUCAUCAGAUGCAACAUCCUGUGAUGAAAUUGGUGAUGAACCUGAUCAGCUCACGAAGAAGAGGAAGCUGCCUUUACGAUCAACCCAAGCAAGAAAGAAGGUCAACUUGGCGGAGUCUAGCGAUUCAGGGGACUCAUCCAGCUCUGCAGAUGAUUCUGAGAAUGCUGAUAAAGAAAGCUCAGGUGGGUCAGACGGGGAAUGCACCUCCAGGCCUCUGACCGCAGCGGGUUCGCCAGAUGUGCAUGGGUGCUCAAGAGCAGGCACACCAACGGAUUCACCACCCGCAGGGGGAGUUCCCGAUACCCCUGAGGAUGCUGAAUUGCCAUCAGGUCUUGAAGAAGUGUUAGCUGAGCUUGCAAAAUCAGAGCAUGUGAAUGCCCCAAAGCACUUCGAUACAGUAGCUGACACACAGCCGAACCCCGAAGAACAACCAAUACCGUCACCUUCGUCCCCUCAGGUAGGCCCAGGUCAUGACAGCGUGAUGGCCCCGCCCGCGGCCCCCGUGGCACAAGCUCGCAGACCGCCGGCACCAAUCACCCGGGGGCAUGGACCCCAGUUCCGCACGUGGCCUGAAGAAGGUACAUGCUUGGGGGAGGAGACAACCAAUGCAUGUAAGGCAAUCCCCACCAAACCCAAACGCAUCAGGCCCAAGAAGAUAUGGUUGCCUCCACCUACCGGGGUCACACCAGAGAAUGGUGGUGAUAAUGGCACAGCCGCAAAUGGGGAGACAGGAACCCCAAACGAUGUGGGACCCCAGGCAGCCCAAGGAAUUGUGACCGACCAUGGGCCACCCCCUCAAGCACCCCUGGUGACUGCACCCAAAGCAAUGGAGGCGGCCCAUAAUGAGCUCCCUGCCUGGGUGCAAAAACAUGUCCAAUCGGUAUAUGAUCCACCUGGCGAUGGCAACUGCGGUUACUCUUGCGUGGCGCGCCAUAUGGCACUUGAGAAGCCCGAGAGCUUGUACGCAAAGACCAACGGGUGGUAUCAGGUCCGCCAGGAUCUGAUCAACGAGCUCGACAACAACAAAGCGCAUUGGACAAGGAGGUUCGGGAGCAACGACGAAUACAAGAGUGUUGAAAUACAAAUCCAUUGUGUCAACCUGUGUCAUCAUACAUCAUAA